AUGGCAAAGGCGGUCUACGACCAAGAUCCAGAGCUAGAGACUCUGGUUCAGGAGUUUGCUCAGCGCAUGGCCUCUCAGCAACAGAAUGAGCAACUAAUGCAUGAGCAGCGCAAGGGAAAGGACUACAUGGAUGUUGAUGCUCUUCCUGGAUUUGUCUUCAAGACCAAAACUUUGGAAGCUACUGAUGACUACCCUCUGGAUAUGAAGGUUUUUGUCAAUAUAUGCCAUAGUUCUGAAAUUCCGCAGCCUCCACCCAUCUCAGACGAGGAACUGAAAAACGUUGUUGCCAACAUGGAUUCGUCCUCCUACCGCAUCCCGCUUAGUCUCUCCUCUCCUAGAUCUGACAUUGACAAAGGUGGUCACGUCUGUAUUGUGUUUGAUGUCUGCGUUAACUCGGCUCCAUUUGCCCGCACUCGCAAAGAUGAAUACUUUUGUUCGUUUCUUGUUCUCAUGGCAAUUGCAUGGAUUGAACAAAAGCAUAAACUAAAGCUCUCUGAAGAUUUCUCGUUUCCUAAGAUGCGCACAAAAGGAAAACUUGUUCGCCAUACUGUACGAAAGUAUCGUAAACCAUUUAUUUCCGAGAUGGAGUCCUCCAAAAGCAACGAUGAAGAAAGCAACAGCUUAUCUACUGAUCCAUCUUCAUUGACAGCACUAUCCCCUAUCAAAACAACAAAAACUGUCAACAAAACCGCAACUAAAGACACAGCCAACGUGCCCAUUCACACCUUUAUUUUUGAGCCAGCGGUCGGCCAUCCCGAGUAUAUAGUCAUUCAAGUGCAGCUCCCACUGCUCGAGACAAUUUCCAAAUCCGAACUAGAUAUUGAAUCGGAUCGAUUGAUUUUUGCGGAUGGUUUAAAGUACAAAUUGGAUAUCCCCUUACCAUUUAGUGUUGAUAUUGACGAGGCUGGUGCACAAUUUAAUCGUCAUACUCGCAUCCUGUCCAUCACUACUUCAGUCUUGCCUAUAAUCACCAGCAAAAAUUCAACACAAGCAUGA